AUGGCACGCAAAUUCUUUGUCGGCGGCAACUUCAAGAUGAACCCGGGUAGCCUUGAGGCCAAGAAGGCCAUCGUCAACGUCCUCAACAAGGCUGAUGUCGAUCCCAACACCGAGGUCGUCAUUUCCCCGCCUGCGCUCUACCUCAUCCCCCUCGUCGACUUCCUCCGCAAGGACUUCAGCGUCUCAGCCCAGAACUGCCACGAGAAGCUUUCCGGCGCGUUCACUGGCGAGAUCAGUCCCACCCAGCUCGCCGAUGCCGGCGUCCCCUGGGUCAUCCUCGGCCACUCCGAGCGCCGCACCCUCUUCGGCGAGAACGAGAAGGGCGAAGUCCGCUCGAUCGUCGCCGCCAAGACCAAGGCCGCGCUCGACGCCGGGCUCAAGGUCAUCCUCUGCGUCGGCGAGAAGGAGGAGCAGCGCGAGGCGGGCAAGACCGACGAGGUCGUGCGCAGCCAGCUCGAGCCCGUGUUCGAGGUGCUCAAGGGGGACGAUGCCGCGUGGAGCAAGAUCGUGAUUGCGUACGAGCCCGUGUGGGCGAUUGGUACCGGCAAAGUCGCGAGCCCCAAGGACGCGCAGGAGACGCACGCAGCGACGCGCAAGUUCCUCGCCGAGCGUGUCUCGCCCGCCGUCGCGGAGUCCACGCGCAUCAUCUACGGUGGCAGUGUCUCCGCUAAGAACUGCAAGGAGCUCUCCACGCAACCCGACAUCGAUGGUUUCCUCGUUGGCGGCGCGUCGCUCAAGCCCGAGUUCGUCGAUAUCAUCAACUCCAAGAGGGCGUGA